AUGUCAUCAGACGCAGAUCUUGUCGCUCUAUUAAACAAAGCUUCCUUCCAAAUCAAUCGUUACUUUGCCAUUUUUAUCUUUCUCUUUGGAACUACUGGAAAUAUUCUCAACAUUUUAGUGCUCGCACAAAGGCCUUUGCGUUCAAAUCCAUGCACCUGGCUUUUUCUCAUGUCAUCUAUCGCUUUUCUCAUCAGUAUUCUUGCCGGUAUCAUCUCACGAUUUCUUUCCACAUGGGGAGCUGAUCUAACAAGCACUAAUCAGUUCCUUUGCAAAUUUCGAGCCUAUAUAGUAUUCAGUUCAAUGACUACUGGAUUCUGGCUCAUCAUGUUGGCCACAGUCGAUCGAUGGCUUUCGUCGAGUGUCGAUGCUAAUCGACGACGAAUGAGCACUCUGAAGAAUGCUCAGCGUGGCGCAGCUCUCAUUAUCAUACUCUCAUUACUUGUUCGAAUACUAGAAUUACUUUGUUUCGAAGCUAAUCUUACCGAUACGCCACUGAAGUGCUACUUGAAAACGACUAUAUGUGCCAUUGUAUCGGAUUUAUGCUUUGCUCUGAUCACUAUUCUCUGUCCAUUGCUGCUGAUGCUAAUAUUUGGAUUGAUGAUCAUAUCGAACGUGCGUCAGUCGCGCGCGCGUUUACAACCAAUACCUGUACCAAUCAAUAGUCGUUCAACUCAAAACACAACAACAUCUGCUGCUAAUGAACAUCAGAGUCAACAAAGGAGAAUGGAUCGGCAUCUAUUGAUCAUGCUCUUUGUUCAAGUCCUUGUUCUUUUUGGAUUGACUUUUCCACUGGCGAUUUCAAAACUUUACUCAACAAUAACGCGAGGUUAUGUAAAAUCAGUAUCACAGAAUGCUAUUGAGAAUUUUAUUUUCAAUCUAUUUCUUCUAUUCACAUUUAUUGCAUUCGGAAUUCCAUUUUAUAUAUAUACACUGACUGGAGGACAUGUAUUUCGACAAGCACUCUUCAGCUUGAUAGAAAUCCUUGUUCGAAAACUGAAAUGUCAACGUGAUCAAUAG